CGGGUGGAAGCAUGGCCUCGGUGACCAGUCUACGCCGCCCAUCCGGAGCCCAGAUGACGUCGUCGAUCUCCCAGAUGGCCAGCCUGUUAGAGUGCCCCGUGUGCAGGGAGUACGCGCUGCCUCCCAUCAUGCAGUGCGAGAACGGCCACCACCUGUGCGCCAUCUGCCGGAAGAAAGUGGCCAAGUGCCCCGUCUGUCGCGCGCCCAAAGGGAGGAACAGGAACCUGGCCUUGGAGAAGCUGGCGGAAACGGCGAUGUUCCCAUGCAAGUACCGCCUCAAGGGCUGCGCUGCUGUUCUCCUAAUCGCCGCCAAAAAGAAGCACGAAGAGUCGUGCGAGCACGGACCGUGUCCUUGCGUCCUCGGUUUGAAGUCGUGCAAGUGGCGAGGACCGCUACAAGAAGUCGUGGACCACAUUCUUCGCUCGCACGACUUCGUUCCAAGAUUACAAGGCGAGAAUGUUGUCCUCACCGCGACGCGCUUCAACCGCGCCGAGGCCUUCUGCUGGGUGGCGCUGCAGUCGUGCCUGGGCCGCGACUUCGUCGUGAUGCUCAAGAAGAGGAACAACUAUCGCGACCGCUUCUUCGGCGUCGUCCUGCUGGUGGGCUCGACCGAGGAAGCGCGGCGCUUCGUGUACCGACUACAGCUCUGCGGUGCCGAACACAGGCUCACCUGGGAGGCCAAACCCCGGAGCCUGCACUCUCGGCCCGAGACGGUCAAGAGCGGAGACGGCCUGGCCUUCGACAUGCGCACCGCCGAGCGGCUCAGCAACGGCGCCGACCUCAACGUGGACGUGGCCAUACGUCUCGCGUCUAUGAGCGGCGAUAUUGGGCUGUAGACACGUGGGGGCAUGGCCGGCUGGCAAAACCAAUUACCGGGAUGACAUUCGGAACUGCGUAUUUCAGAACCCUGCAUGACGUUGUACGCGUAUGUAGUCUUCUGCUGCGGAAGGAUUAACGCGAUAAAUUUGUGUAUUUAGGAUAAAUUGA